AGUAUAGUGAGCUUUUGCACCCUUGGUUUUUCCCGUGUCUUUUGCCGAAUCCUGCGGAACUCUCUGCGGAACCCUUGAACCCUUUUGUCUUUUGUUGACAGGCCCUUGCAGUGUUUCCAGGGAAGCCAUCUACUUACUUAUUUGAAGGGUUGAGAAUUGACCGGAAAUGCAGAUGGGGAAAAAUCACGAGAGACAUAGCGCAGAUGUGUCAGCUUGCUGAGCCAUGGGAACCGUGCAAGCUGCGAGGCACAUGGCCGGCCGAGAUGCCGGCGAUCUGCUAAAUUGCUGAAUGAGAAUGAAAUUGCAAACGAGGGGCAGAUAUUUAUGUCCUUUUAACCGAUUUUCAAGACCUUACUGGAGACUGUUUCACAGAAAGCGCUGAAUGGAAGGAAUGCUUGACUCGGCCCUGCCAUUGGGGUCUCUUUUCGCUAGGCGCUAGUAUCGAGCGUUCGCUCAACAAGACUCGUCUCUAUCACAAGUUUUGGUACUUCCGAAAAGUUUCCAGUUCUGCGGGUUUUCUGGUGCGCUUCCGGCGGCGUUUUUUGUCUCAGGUCUCCGUUUCCCUGUGAUGAAGUUAGGAACCACACGCCGCUGAGUCGACGCGCGACCCUGUUAAUGGGAACAUGAAAUAUAGUUCGUGUCAGGUUUAUCAGUUGCUGAUGCCAGCGUCCAUCGUUCCCAAGUACCCCACUGAAUAAGAACUCACACACAUUCCAGUGUAAUUAGGCUUGCUUCUCCGGUCUCGACGCACCAUUACCAGCACCACGUCUCGUGAGAGUGUUCAGCUCCCUCGUCAUCUCGCGUCGAAGUCCAAAACCCUUCCGCGACGGAGUUUUUGUAAUUUGUGUGGAGGAGUUUGUUGUUACCUUUAGAUCUGCGUUGCUUUUCUCGCUCGUUUUCGCUCUCUCGUUUCCUUCUGAACAACGAUUUUCGCCUUCUGUUGGCGGUCCAGCGAACCCCCCGGCUAUGCGGUUUGAGUCCCCCUGUUUUGUGAACAGACGAGAGACGCUCAAGAGUCCACAGAAAUAUAGACAGCGUUUCCAUAUUGCCAAAAGACCUUUCUAGUAAGCGUCAACAGUUGGAUCCGGGAAGGCUUCUGCUAACAGUCGUUUCCCUUGGCCGCGCGUGUCGGCGUGUGGCUCGUUCAGCACUCUGCGGUCGAAGAGCCAACGGGAAUCAGGUGAAACCGUCACUGGAGUUUUUUUGCGAUAUCACUGUCGAUGGAUUUUCUGGACGCUUAAACGGAGGUUCGGUUGUUGGUCGUGAAUCAAAGGAGCAUUUAUGACGUUGUUCUAGACAGUGUCUUCUGCGACUUAGACUACUGGCCCGGACUUUGAAGGCCUUUCGUUACCGGAUCAGAGUCCUGCGACGCACGUUUCAUGAUCAACGUAAUACGAAGGUCUGCAUUUCCCGGUGUGUGCUGUGCCCACGACUCGCGCGGCUGUUUCAGUUCUUGCCGCACUGCGGGUAAAGUGCUUCCCCUUUAGAUCCUUUUUCACGACCUCCCAUAUCGUGUGUACUGUCGGCCCCACUGUAACGUCUUCCUCCGUAUUGAUUCUUUUUCUUGUCUCUGUUUCGGGGAGUCUGUGUGCGGCGUUCCUCUCGGGCGUCCGCCUUUUGCACCAUGCCAGAGGGUUUCUCUGGGCACCAACUGCAGCUUGAGCCUGCCACCUCACUUUUGCAGAGCGUGUCUGUCUGCUUGCGGUGAAAACGAUGUACGCGACGAGCCGCGCCGUCAGGGGGCUGUCGCUGAUUCCCCUUGUCAUAGUCACGGGGCUUUUCCUCUUUGCCUGGAUCACCUACGUGUACAUUUACCUCCACUUACAACUCGUUGAACGUGACAACAAUGUCCCACUCGCGGCUGUUCUUGGCAGCUGCGCUGCGGCGCUAUGGCUCCUCGCCCUCUGGUGCUUCUAUGCUUGCGCUCUGAGAGACCCUGGGGAAGUCAGCGAAGCGUGGCGCGCCGAAGCGACUGCAAAGAAGAUUCCCUACAUAAAACCGGAUGGAUCUGUCGGCGAGGGCGGGGUGCAGAGCGCGAGAACAGAUGAGGAGGCACCUCGAUCUCGUGCGUUCCGGAUUCGGGACUUUCACCCUGGAUAUGCCACAACGUGCACUCACUGCGCACAGGGGCUACGACCCGAAAGAGCCCACCACUGCUCCAUCUGCAACAAGUGCGUGAUGCGAAUGGACCACCACUGUCCGUGGGUAGGCAACUGUGUCGGGUUCAACAACUACAAACAGUUUCUUCUCUUCAAUUUCUACUGCGCGCUGGUGUGCACUUUCAUGGGCGCCUCCUCGGCGCCCUGGAUCGUCGACGAAUUUUUGUUCUCCGUAAACACCCUCCGUGGCCAGGGGCUUUCUCCAGGAACAUGGGGCGUCUUCUUGAUCUCCUGGGUGAUGCAAGUUACAUUUGGCUUCGUCACACUCGUGAUGUUCCUCACUCACCUCUACUACGUUCUCGUCAACAUGACGACCAUCGAGGUGCAGUAUCCUUCGGCGAAUCCGUACAAUGUCGGCCGUCUUGCCAACAUGCAACAGAUUUUCGGCAAAUUUGACUGGUCCUGGUUUCUCCCCGUCACACCCCGACAACCCAUCUGCUCAGGAGAUGUUUUUCCGUAUAGACUGGAUCCGCAGUCGCCUCUGGGAGGAGAGACGGCGUUUCCGAGUGGGGACAGCAGCAUCCCGGUGGGUCUCCGCGACUUCGCUUCCGCCCCGACAACGAGUUUGGAUGGCGUUUCUGGAAAAGGAAAGGAAAGAGACGACACUGGCGGCACCCUGCACGAAAGCGACGAAGACGAAAGAGCGGCAAAGAGAGAGGAAAAAGCGACGGCUUUGUUUGGUGGCUUCUGUGAGAGAAAAGAGGAAAAUGGCCCGAGUGACAGUGGGGCGCAUGCAGGACAGGGUGGGGGACGAGCAGGAAAGCGAGACGAAGAAGAUACGGAUUUAACUUACGACGGCGUUUCUGACGACGGCCUAGCAGCUGGGUCCGGUGAUGCACAUGUCUAAUUUCGCUCGAGAGAGAAUUUCUCGUUUCUUGCAUCCAAGAGUCAAGCAGACCUGGUUUGUCUGCAAAAACUGUUGUGCGACAGAGUGGUCGUCUGUUCUUGCAUACUUACCUCUUUCUCUCUUUAAAUGUAUACAUACCAAUAUCUACGUGUAUUUCGAGGCGGAUGACACUCCUCUGUCACCUGUUUCUUUCGUUUGCAAGAACGUUUUGAGGGAAGGAUACGUGUGAAAUUGCAGGAGUCUAGUGUACCCACUUAUCCUCACGCUUUCCUCGAAUGUCUAGGCAUAUAUAUAUAUAUAUAUAUAUGUCUGGGGCCUCUGUUGCUCUCGCGCAUUCUAGUUGUUCCUUCGUAGAACCGGGACGCUUUUUUCUUCUCUGUCAUUCGACGUAAAUCCACUGCGAAGCUGCAGACGCGUCGCUGCCGAUCCCAUUGUAGGUAUUUGCAUUCGGUGCAUGCGUUGUGUGUGUUAAACUGUUUCCUCAUGAGGGGCUUGGGGCGGGUGGGGGAACCCAGCUACUCGCAGGCCACAAAGGCGAGAGGUUACUCUCUCACCGCCAGCUCCUCAGAUUUCAUGUCAAGGGGAAGGGAAGUUUUAAGCAGUCCAGGGGAGCGGUGGUGUACAGCAAGCACACAGAACUUUAUUCUUUAUUGUCUCUGUCCUCAGAGAGGGCUAUGCGAGGAUGCGCUUCCAAAAUUUGCUUAUGGAGUUCAUGCGUUUCUCGCAUUCUAUUGUGUAAAGUCGGAAGCGUGUAGGCACUGUUGGGAUGCCUUGCGAAAACCGGUUCCGGUUCGUGAAGCGAGCAGCAUACUUUCUCCGUGCAUGCAUUCAGGUGCGGGGCUCACACCCAUUUGCUGGACGCGCAUGCAGCAACUUGAGCAUGCACAUAUCUAUGUAUGCGUGCCUACACGUAGGCAUCUCGCUUAUAUAUGACUUUGUAUGUUUGUUAUGUAUGCAUGUAUGUAUAUAUAUGUAUAUAUGUAUAUAUAAAUGGAGGUUAUAUAUAUAUAUAUAUAUAUAUAUAUGCAUUUGUCUACGCAGGGGGGACGCUUCGCAAAGUUGAGAGGUGGGAGGCAUGCAUCUGGUGUUGUGGCUUCAUCCGCUUGUGCACAGGUUGGCCGUGUGUUCUUUCCGCAGCAGAAACUGAGAGAUAGAAACUCCAAGAAGUUGCUA